CUUGUAGUACUAGGGCUUUCUUAUUCUUGUUCGGGGGAUUCAAAUUCAUUCUAUUUGAUAGUGCGCAUUUUUGAUUUUGUUUUGCUUUUGACGGUAUAAAUAGUUCGUUGCGUCGUGAUAUCUUUAUCUUCAAAUCACUCCUGUUCCGGUUGACGCAACAACCAACGGCAACAAGAAGCGAUGGUCUCUGUAGAAGCCUCGGGUGCUGCGCGCGGUGCCGCAGCGAGCGUCUCCAGUUUCCGGACACUUCCGAACGGUGCGAAUCAUAGCUCAACAACUGCAGGAGGCCAAAGAGCGUCAAAGUCUUCAUCGGCUGUUACAUCAACGUCAUCGAUGAAGUCUCCGGCUCUUGCAGCUGUAGGAACACUAGGUGAUGAACAUCAACCCCGAGCGAGGACAUUCGCAGAGAAAGAGCAGGCUCAAGAAAUGUCCGCUCGUGAACAACAAGAAAAUCUUCAUGCACUGGACCAACAUGAACUGGCUCUUGACCAAGAUGAACUGGCUCUUGACCAAGAUGAACUGGCUCUUGACCAACAUGAACUGGCUCUUGCCGAAGGUGAGGAACGUGUUCCAGUAGAUGGGCUGCAAUACCCACCAAGAACUUCUGCGUCCUCUUCUAGCGCGACCAUGAUUAGUAACGACCACGAUGCUCCUCCUCUUGCGGCUUGCAGUCCUGGAGGCAGUGUGUCUGAGGCAGAGGUCGAGGCAGCUUUUGUCGAAUUUCAGGCUCAACAUGAGCUCGAGAUCGCGGAACUGACCACUCUACUCCAGCAGAAGGAUGAUCAGUGGGACAAGCUCUACAAAGAAUUUGUGGCGUUCAAAGAGAGGGUCGAAGUGGAGAAGAGGCAGCAGGAGCGAGAAGUCGCGCACGACCAGGAUCAUAGUACUUGCACAGCCACAGGCCUCAACACAGGAGAUACAUCAAGUGGUUCUUGUUCAACGUCCCUAGAGCUAGAGGCUGCCAUAGCUCGAGAGCGAGCGGCGAUCGAGGGCGAGCUAGAACGUCGCGUGGAGGACCUAGUGGCCGAGAACGCGGCCUUGCGGUUGCAGAAGGCGGAGCUAGACCGCAGAUUGAGACAGGAAAAGGACGAUGUCGUCUCUCGUCUCGAGUCGCGCGAAAGCGACUGGGUACAGACGCUUGCGGACCUGCGCGCACAGCGCGAACAGCUACGGAUUGAGCUCGAGGGCAAGCACGGAGAGGCGAUCCGCGACCUGCAGUCGAGGCAUGCGGAGGCGAUGCGCGAGCUCCAUGCGAACACAUGCAGCGAACUGGAAGCGAAGCAUGGCAUCGCUGUGGCAGAGCUAGUUAAGGCUGCUCGUGAUAAUUCAUGUUCUUAAGCACUCUAAAGUAGAUGAAGCCAAGUACAAGAUGGAGUUGCGCAAAGAAUUAGAUUGUAAGCGCUCUAAGGUAGAAGCCAAGUACAAGAUGGAGUUGCGCGAACAGGAACGCAAGCAUCUGGAAGAAAUACGAACGAUCGAGGCGGACCAGAUAGAAGCCUUGGAUCGGCGAGACGAGAACCACUGUACCGAAAGGGCAGAAACGGAGGCUCAGGCCGCGUUCGAGCGAGAGCAGGCACGACAACGAGAGUCGGCACUCCUCGCACGAGCGGAAGCCCAAGAUUAUGAACGCGAAGUGUUAUUCGAAAAACUGAAAUAAGCAAGUAACUGAUCAGAAUGAGCGCGAUACUGAUGAGAAGAAAGAGUAGCGGUAGCCUUGAUGUUAAGCUACCUCCACCCUUAAUAUUUCAGUCAGUAACUCGGUUAUUUUGAGUUUUCUUUUUCUACCCUUCUCCACCACGCGUGGGCUGGCUGUAGUUGUUGAUGUAGGAAGCUUUCGGCUGUCGCUACGUAGCCUAAAGUCAUCAUUUUUGCAUUCGCGAUUUCAUUUCUAAUAUCCACGCGAGCUCGAGAUCGUGAAGCAGCAACUAGAAGGAGAUCGGAUGCUGUUGGAGAUGCAUGUGGAGCGAGAGCGUGAGCGCACGCUUGUCUUCGAGAGCGGUGAUGUCCCGGAAAAGCGCAAAUACUGGAGGCAAAUGCUUGCGAAUGAGAAGAAGCAUCCUCGCAUAUUGCAGGAGCUGCUUGAGUUAGACCGUUUAGUGAGGGGUGGUCCUCAGAAGACGGCUUCGGCUUCUAAGACAAGUUCGUCCACUCGCGCUUCUACAUCUAGAACACAAGUAACAGGUGCUGGAGGAAGCACCAGUACACCUACAAACAAAGUAGACAAGGUAAAUAGAGUAGUGCUCAACUACAAGGGAACCGGCAAGACGAUGAAAUCUAACGAGGCAGCAUCAAUGAUCGGUAGGAGUCGUACGCCCAUACCUGUUUCUGUUGCUGAGUCUGAGAAGAGCGCCAUAAUAGGAGGUUUCGUUCCUGCUCCAGAACGAAGCAGCACGAGACCACAGAGUAGGGGCGGUAGAGUAAUGAUGUUGGGCGGCACGUAUAAUAGUGAGACGAGCGCCAGGGCGAGCGUCGAGAUCAGCAGCACUAGUAGUAGCAAAGGUCGAAACGCUGAACAAGUAGACGGCGUGUGCGGAAGCAUCACGAGACUUCAGCAGCAAGAGCAAAUAUUUCCACCUGAUGGCAUUUCUAGCAGUACCAGUAGCAGAUUAAAAAAUCAAACAAAUAAUGAAGCAGAUGAGGUCAGUGCAUCUUAUUACUCUUAUCCAGAAAUCAGUGAGCAAAAUAGAGACAAUCACAUCAUUGCUCAACAAGGGGGUUGCCGAGCUUCCACAUCCACAGCAACAAGAGAUCAAAAUCAAUUUCCAGAACAGUCUAGAAGUAGAACUCUUUUUCCAGGAGAGGUUGGGUUUAUGGACAGCGUCAACUGCGCAAGCGCCAGUGUCAACUGCGCAAGCGCAUCGAGCUCCUGCCGUGAGUCCCUAGCUUCCACAGCGCACGAGCGACUGCAUCCGAAUACUUACGUGCCACCUGCACCAAUCGAAAUACUACAUCCUGUAAGUGACUUACUGGCUGGCGCCACCUCUGAAAAUCAGUUUUCCAACCGGUCCACGGACGGCCAGCCCCACGCGGGGACGAGCAUCCAUGAUGUCGUGCAAUCCGCUCAGGAGCAACCACAGGAGGCGAGAACCUCCAGUGCCUGUCUGAUAAGGAAUGUUGAUAUUGAUAACAUGUUAACGCUCGACCACCAACAUCAACCAGGACCAGGAAGAACUGAUCAUCUUCAGCUUGGCGAAGCAGAGGGGAGAUAUACUCUAGAGUUGUACAACAAUCCCUCCUCCUGCUCCUACCUGGAAGCAAAGGGAGUACGGGAUGACGAAGGACAGGACCUACUAGCACAUCUCAGAAAACACCUCGCAGACCUGUAAUUACAUUUUUGUACGAACAAAUGUCGAUUUAUUUCCGGUGUUGUACUCGACCACGCCCUCUUGUUCAGUUGUAUUACGAUGACAGAUAUAAAAAUUUCCUUCACCUCACGCGCAU